GAUUGAUGUAAUAAGUUGAUGUUUAUUUUUUAGAUACCUUGUCCGCAUUUAAUUCCUUUUAUCCAUGGGCAUGCUUGCUUUCCGAAUUCACCUGAAAGUUCGGCGUUGAGAGUUUUUAAUUGGAUUGAAUUGAGUUGAUUUCAUACGAGGACACGUAUUGGCGCUUGCAGGUUGAAGGUUUGAUUCGGAUACAAUUUUGUUUCUAGCUUUGUGGGGGAGAGGUUAAUUUUGAAUCAUUAUCAUUUUUGUUUUCCGGUUACUGGGUCGCCAUCUGAAUUUCGGAAGUUUGUUUAUGGGAAUGUUCGAUUUUAGGGUUACUUUGCAUGUGUUCGAAAAUGUUGAUCAAGCAAAAGCUGUGUGAAAUGACUUCAGUUCCGGGCAUUCACAUGUGUUUGAUCUGUCGAGUAAUUUUGGAUUGAUAAUUGUCUUUCUGCAUUCCAAAUAGCGAAAUUUCGAUUUUUUCUAAUUCCAGAACGUAGAGGGACUUCUGAGGAUUUGCUCAAGUAAUUGAAUUACUCUAAUUGAUAGUGAAAGUUGUUGAUUGGUUUGUUUGUUGCCCUCGGUAACUGACGACAUACGAAGAAUGAAUUCUAGAUUCGGUACAAAGAUGAGAUUAUCAGCAUGAGAGUUAAAACAGAGCUGUUAAUCCAAUGGACGGCUCAAACAGGACAUUGUCGGAUCUUGUCGGACUACUUAAAUCCUGGCUUCCAUGGCGGUCAGAGCCUGCACAUGUGUCAAGGGACUUUUGGAUGCCUGACCAGAGCUGCAGGGUAUGCUAUGAAUGCGACUUGCAGUUCACGUUGUUCAACCGCCGGCACCACUGCCGGCACUGUGGCCGGAUUUUCUGUGCCAGGUGCACCUCGAAUUGGGUGCCCACACCCCCUGCCGGACUAGAGACUCCGCCGGAAGAGUGGGACACUGUUAGGGUUUGCAACUUCUGUUUCAGGCAGUGGCAGCUGGGGUUGACGGGGGCCUGUGUCAGGAAAGAUGAGGUUCGGGUGGACUGCCAGGACCUCGACAACUCCUCAAGCUCUGAUACGAGAUAUACAAGCCCCAAGUCAUGCGGUAGCAGCAGCCUCACGUUCGUCUCCAUGCCCGAGUCUGCUGGAGUCAGCCCCAUUCGAUUGCCGUUUACGGACAUGAAUGCAGAAAGACAGAGUGUGACCACGGGUAUUAACAGUGAGUGUGCGUUGAACAUAGGAGGGGAGAAGAAGUCCCGGGACCAAUUUGAAUUUUUCCCAAACAGAAGUGAUGAUGAAGAAGAAUUUGGAAUUUCGCGAUUCGGAUCCACAAGAAGUCAUUUUUAUGUUCCGUUUGAGGACAUUGACAGUGAAUAUAAUAAUUCACAUAAAGUUCGUCCUGAUGGGGAUGCUCUUGACCCAACAAGUAUGAACAGCUACUCGGUACAAGAUAGUUUUGAAUCCAACACUCCUCGAGGUGCCUUGCAAGUUACUGAAAAAGGAGUUGAACGUGAAGUUUGCAAUGAAUGCGAGGCACCAUCAUUAUGCUCAUCUGAAGAUGUUACUGAGCCUGUUGACUUUGAGAACAGCGGAGUUCUCUGGCUUCCUCCGGAGCCAGAAGACGAAGAAGAUGAAAAAGAAGCGCUUUUAUUUGAGGAUGAGGAUGAUGGGAAUGCUGCUGGUGAGUGGGGGUACUUGCGUAAUUCAAGCAGUUUUGGGAGUGGGGAGUAUAGAAGCAGGGACAAGUCAAAUGAGGAGCACAAUAAAGCCAUGAAGAAUGUUGUCGAUGGUCAUUUUCGGGCUUUAGUUGCUCAACUAUUGCAGGUUGAGAAUCUUCUUUCAGUGCCCGAGGAUGAUAAAGAGAAUUGGUUGGAGAUAAUUACAGCAUUGUCAUGGGAGGCUGCGUUGUUAUUAAAGCCCGAUAUGAGCAAAAGUGGCCAAAUGGAUCCAGGUGGUUAUGUCAAAGUAAAAUGUUUAGCUUCUGGACGUCGAAGUCAGAGUAUGGUGGUCAAAGGAGUUGUUUGCAAGAAAAAUGUGGCCCAUCGAAGGAUGGCAUCAAAGAUUGAGAAACCUCGUUUGCUGAUCCUAGGAGGUGCUCUUGAGUAUCAGCGUGUUUCUAAUGCUCUUUCAAGCUUUGACACACUGUUGCAGCAGGAAAUGGAUCAUCUUAAGAUGGCUGUUGCAAAAAUAGAUGCACACCAUCCAAAUAUUCUUCUGGUGGAAAAAUCUGUUUCCAGAUAUGCACAGGAAUACCUUCUUGCAAAAAAUAUAUCGCUUGUUUUAAACAUAAAAAGACCACUUUUGGAGCGUAUAGCUCGGUGCACUGGUGGACAAAUCAUUCCUUCGAUUGAUCAUCUUUCAUCCCAGAAGUUAGGAUAUUGUGACAAAUUCCAUGUGGAGAAAUUUUCAGAAGAGCAUGAAACUACUUUUCGGGCUGGUAGGAAACAGGUGAAGACGUUGAUGUAUUUCGAAGGCUGUCCAAAGCCGCUAGGCUGCACGAUAUUACUUCGAGGUGCCAAUGGGGAUGAAUUGAAGAAAGUGAAGCAUGUCGUGCAAUAUGGAGUUUUUGCAGCUUAUCACUUAGCUCUCGAGACGUCAUUUCUUGCUGACGAGGGCGCCUCUCUGCCCGAGCUUUCACUAAAUGCCCCAAUUACGGUGGCACUCCCGGAUAAGCCAAACAUUGAUAGGUCCAUCUCCAUCUCCACCAUACCUAAUGUUACCCUUAUCGACAGUGAAAAAACUCCUGGGCCCCAAUUCAUUGCUGAGCCUCUGAGGUCAUACAGUGUCCCCUCACCAGAUCUCUUGAAAGCAACAAUUGCGUCCAUCCAUGGAAAUCAAUCGGUGGAGACAUAUAAUUUUCAGUUUCCAGAGAAAGACUUUCAAUACCGCUCGUUGCCCUUUUCUCGUGAUGCGUCAGAGGAAAAAGGGCUCGCGGAUUUAUCUCUGUCUUUGGAGGUAAAUAGCACGGGAGAUGGCUACCUUAGUAGUGAUUGUGGAGAUUCAAAUGUCAACACAAUCAUGAAAAGUGAUAGCUUGGAGGACAUUUCCAAGAAAGUUGGUGUGGACGCAUCGAAACAAACUUCUGAGGAAGAACCUGCUUUGAACGAGGAGUUUCUGCCUUCCACUUCGGAUCAUCAGAGCAUCGUAGUUUCUCUGUCAUCUCGGUGCGUAUGGAAAGGAACCGUCUGUGAGAGGUCCCACAUGUUUCGGAUCAAAUACUAUGGGAAUUUUGACAAGCCGUUGGGUCGUUUUCUGCGAGAUCAUUUAUUUGAUCAGAAUUAUAGAUGUCGGUCAUGUGAUAUGCCCGUAGAAGCUCACGUGCAGUGCUAUACUCACCGACAAGGUAGCCUCACAAUCUCAGUAAAGAAACUGGCAGAGAUUCUUUUACCUGGCGAGAAGUAUGGGAAGAUUUGGAUGUGGCACCGUUGCCUGAAAUGUCCGAGAGCCAAUGGCUUCCCACCUGCAACACGGAGGGUUGUGAUGUCUGAUGCCGCUUGGGGAUUAUCUUUUGGAAAGUUUUUGGAGCUAAGCUUUUCAAACCAUGCUGCUGCUAGCCGAGUGGCAAGCUGUGGCCAUUCUUUACAUAGAGACUGUCUUCGAUUUUACGGAUAUGGAAAAAUGGUUGCCUGCUUUCGUUAUGCCUCAAUUGAUCUUCAUUCAGUCUAUUUGCCUCUUCCAAAACUUGAUUUCAACUAUGAAAGACAAGCUUGGAUAGAAAAAGAACUAAACGAGGUUUCUGGUUGGUCUAGACUUUUGUUCUCUGAAGUACAUAAUGCCCUUCGUCUUCUGGUGGAAAGAAAAUCUGAUUCAGAUUUACUUACUAAUAGCGUUAAAGUUCCUGAAUCGAGACGCCAUCUAGCAGAUCUGCAGGGGAUUUUGCAGAAAGAGAAGUCGGAAUUCGAGGAAUCGCUCUGGAAAAUUGCGAACAGGGACCCUGGAAAAGCCCAACUGACCAAUGAUAUUGCCCACGAACCCAGAAAAUCCCAACCAGCAGUUGAUAUUCUCGAACUCAAUCGCCUCCGAAGACAACUCCUUGUCCAGUCUUACAUGUGGGACCACCGCCUAAUAUAUGCCGAUAGUUUAGAUAACAAGACCCAGCUUACCGACAUAGAGCCCACCUCUUCGGAAUUUAUUCACAAACCCAUUUCUGAUCUCGAGAAUUCUCCUCAUGUAACUUCCCCAGUAAAAACGAAUGAAACACAAAACAGUUCUUUUGCUCCGGCUUUGGACAUAAAGCCCGACAAAAGCCCCGAAUCUCAUUCCGAGUUACAUACUCAAAGAACUGAGUCCCUUUUUAACUCCGAUCCUGGGGAUGAAAGUUCACUCCCGAUUUCUAUUGAAAACACUGUCACAGGUGAAUAUAAUCGUGAAAGUUCUAACCCUAACCCUAACCCUACCCACCGCAGAGUUCUAUCCGAAGGACAAGCCCCGAUGUGUUUAUCAGAUACUUUAGACGCAGCAUGGACGGGUGAAAAUCACCUAGGUGCUGGACCCAUUAAGUACAGUAGCAGUAACAAUAAUUUAUCUGAAUCCAUGGAGGCCGAUAAUUUACCCGCACCCGAAAAAAAGCUGGAUUCGGAAAACCAAAAGGAGGAUCCAAGCACGUCCGCCAAGGUUUCUCGUUCGCCCUCGUUUUUGUCCUCAAAGGGUUCCGAAAGCAUGGAGGAAGCAGUGGGCUGGCUGGGCAUGUCAUUCAUGAGCUUCUACCGCUCCUUAAACAAAAAUUUCCUGGGGACUACCGAAAAACUGGACACACUCAGCGAGUAUGUCCCUGUCUACAUCUCCUCCUUCCGAGAGUCGGAGAUUCGAGGCGGGGCCCGCUUGCUCCUCCCUAUUGGGAUCAACGACACUGUCAUCCCAAUAUACGACGACGAGCCCACGAGCAUCAUAUCAUACGCCCUCCUCUCGCCCGACUACCUCGUCCAGCUGUUGGACGAGCCCGAGAAGCCAAAGGACAUGGCUGACUCGAUUUUCUACAUGCAAUCCCUUGACCCUGCGAACUUCCACUCGUUUCAUUCUAUGGAUGAGACAUUGCUGGACUCGUACAGAAGUUUUGGUUCGGGUGAUGAAAUUACCGGCCUGCCCUCGUCGGCCUUGUCCCGUAGCUCGUUGCCCUUGGACCCGCUCUUGUACACCAAGGCGCUGCACGCGAGGGUGUCCUUCGCGGACGAUGGACCCCACGGGAAGGUAAAGUAUGGGGUGACUUGUUACUAUGCCAAGCGUUUCGAGGCGUUGAGGAGGUUGUGCUGCACGUCGGAGAUCGAUUUCGUGAGGUCACUUAGCCGCUGCAAGAAGUGGGGGGCGCAGGGUGGGAAGAGUAAUGUGUUCUUUGCAAAGACGUUGGACGAGAGGUUUAUAAUCAAGCAGGUGACGAAGACUGAGCUGGAGUCGUUUAUCAAGUUUGCGCCUGGGUACUUUAAGUAUCUGUCGGAGUCCAUCGGGUCAAGAAGCCCGACUUGUUUGGCGAAGAUUCUUGGGAUCUAUCAGGUUACCACCAAACAUCUAAAAGGUGGGAAGGAAUCGAAAAUGGAUGUGCUGGUUAUGGAGAAUCUUCUGUUCCGCAGAAAUGUGACACGUCUCUAUGAUCUUAAAGGUUCCUCUAGAUCACGGUAUAAUCCUGAUUCUUCCGGAAGUAACAAGGUCUUGCUGGAUCAGAACUUGAUUGAAGCAAUGCCUACUUCUCCAAUUUUUGUUGGAAAUAAAGCCAAAAGAUUAUUAGAAAGAGCUGUCUGGAAUGACACUGCUUUUCUCGCUUCAAUAGAUGUCAUGGAUUAUUCGCUAUUGGUUGGAGUUGACGAAGAGAAGCACGAGCUUGUUCUUGGGAUUAUUGACUUCAUGAGGCAAUACACAUGGGACAAGCAUCUCGAGACUUGGGUUAAGGCGUCGGGCAUUCUUGGUGGACCCAAAAAUGCUUCGCCAACUGUAAUAUCUCCCAAACAGUACAAGAGAAGAUUCAGAAAAGCCAUGACAACCUAUUUUUUGAUGGUUCCUGAUCAGUGGUUACCUCCUACUAUAGUUCCUAGUAAAUCACAGACUGAUCUGAAUGAAGAGAAAUAUGGGCAAGAUGCAAAUCCAGCUGAGAUCAGGUCGGGUUAGAUGCAUUUAUAGAUAAAGCUAUUUUUCGGAUUCAUUUUGCUUUUUCAUGAAGCUCCAUCAUUUAGACUCUAGGACUCAUAAGUAUUGGUAGAAGUACAAAAAUAGGAGGGAGAUGAAAAAACAAAAAAGCAAA